AUGAAGUACUUCACAUCAAACUCCAUUCUAUCGGCCUCUGCCCUUCUGUUAUGGGCCCGAUCUGUGUCAGCCGACACUCCAGUCAGCGCAUUGGUUCCAGAGGGGUGUUACAGUUCGGUCGAGGGCUUCAAAGAUGUCGGUCCAUACACAUUUCAGAGUUCCGGAUAUUGUCAGCAACAAUGUGCGGGCCAGGGGUACCCUGUCAUGGCCUUGUUCAACGGACAGGAUUGUCAGUGUGGGCAUGCACUUCCUCCCCCGUCGGCAAAGACGUCGGACAGUGACUGCAAUGUUCCCUGUAAUGGAUGGCCCAAAGAAACCUGCGGUGGCAAUAAUGCCUACAAUGUUUAUCUUACCGGUCUCGAGCAGACCGUCCCUACCCUUUCUGCGACCUCGACAGGU